AUGAUGGGCGAUUCGAACGUAACUACGGCCGAGGAGUUGACAAAACUGAAGUUGGCGGAGUUGCGCAAGUUGUGCAAGAAACAUGACCUACUGACGACCGGAACCAAACUGGAGCUCAUUUCUCGUCUAAUUGACAACCAGGGU